AUGACAGUAUUCCUUCACAAACACACGAACGCGGACACUUGCUCCAGUCAAGAGGACAAUGGGCUCAUUGAAACACUCACAAAUGUUUUCAAAGAGAGGUUCGCCUAUUCCAAACGUCUGACAGUUGCUGGCAUUUUAUCCUACACAACAGACGAUGGUUCAGAGAAGUUUUUAAAAAUCGACUUUUCAUCCUCGGAUCCCCCUAAUCUUGCCAUGGAUUCGGCUCACCUGUCGUCUUCUACGGACCCGACUGAAAUCAUGCCAGUUGUAUCGCCGGAUUCCGAUAAACAUUCGUCCUCCACAGCCAACUGUUUGUCGGAUUAUUCCACAGCAGGAAGUGUAUCACCACCAUUGCUCCCACCGUUGGUUAUCUGUCCACCAAAGGGUUCACGUACUUUGGCCCCGGAAUCACCACUUAUGGAUGAUGAGAAUCCUAACGACCCGGCUGGUAGACUGCAAGAAGACUCCUCUGAACACUGCCGUCGUGACAGAAGGAAAUUACGCCGUCCGAAACGUCAGAUUGUUAAUGCAGUUGUUGUCGGUACAAAACAGGACGAGGAUUUGGAACAUGGACUUGAAUCUUCGCCAUCCAAUAAAAAGGGCAAAUAUACUGACUCAGAUAGUGGUAUUACCUCAGAUUUCUCGGAAGUUAAGGAACUCGGUCAGAAUGUUGCUCAAUCUGUUAUGAUGUGUGAAGGUGCUGCGUCUCCUCCACCCUCCUUGGUCUCGCACACUGAGGCUGAAAAACCAGUAUCUGAUAUAGCUCCUCUAUGUUCCUCAUCCUCCGCAAUACAACCACCUUUUAGUCAGUCCAAACUCACCAUUAAUGGUAAAUCUAUUAGCAUCAGUGAACUAGGGGACUUCUGUAACUUGCUCCCAGUUAAUGCACUUCUUGGCCGACCCACGGUAGCAACAAAGGAGGGCAUUGGUGGCGCGGAAAAGAGCAUGGCGUCUGGAACACAUUCCGUAAUGCUCACAAACUCGAACGCGACGUCUCAUACCGGAACAAACACACUUUUAACCGGCAACAAUUCACUGGCGACGCAAAUUUCUGGUCAGAGUGUUCUACUGAACCCCAACUUGGCUGCGGCUCUGGCCGCGGCGCUAUCCGGUGGUACUAACAGCAGCCAGGUCACAGCGGCUUUUGAAAACAACCAUCCAUCUUGUAUUUCGAAUAUUAACACACCAUCCAUCGCCCUUACUGGACCAUCUGGAGAAAUUUUGGGCACAAUUCCAAUCGCCUCAGCGACUAAUGCACCAGCUGCCAUCGCACAGCCAAAUACUAUCGCCCCUCAGAAUGCGAAUUUUAACUCUGGGAUAAAUUCUACGGCGGUUUCACUUCCUACAAACCAAGGUCUCAAUUCUUCCUCUCUGAUGAACACUUUGAAUUGGUUGAAAUAUGCGACGGCACCCACAGAUUCAAACCAACAAAUGAUUUCUCCAACACUGGUCACUAAUCCUGCAGGAAGCAACACGACUUCACUGUUUCAGUCUCUCACACAACAGUCCCAGACAGCUCAAAGUUUUCCGGCAACCUCUGUCAGCAAGCCGCAACCGAUGGCUUCUAUUUCAAUCGGACCCACGUUAGCGCUAAUCGGAACGUUAGGACUCAACCAGUCUUCGCUGAGUGCCGGGACUCUAACGUCACAUUCAACCGACACAACCUGCUCGGUAACACCAGCAGCAGCGGUAUCCUAUAGCACACCCAACCCUGGUAACUACGGUUCGAGCAACACCAACAACGCUGCACUGGUUGCAGCUGCCAUACUUCGAGGGCUAUCAAGCGUCAAGCAUCCCCAGUGUGAUGCUGUAGAAACCUGUAAUUCUGAUCCAAAUGCAAUAACCUCGCAAGGUUCUUUGACUCUCAUAACAAAUAACUUGUGCUCCGCAACAUCUAGCCGACCGGGCAUAAUCUCCGCCGACGUCCCCCUAGGUUCUAUCGCCAACUUGUUCUCUCCGAAGGGUCUUACAGGUAAUCUUUCUACGGGGACGACCACGCUUACUCCUGAGCAAUCCAACUCACUUAUCGCAACGAUGCUUAACCGAGGCAGCAUUAGUGUAGGUAAUGUUAACUCCGCCACUUCUCGUGGUUCCAUCAUGUUUUCUUAUCCCCGAGGGUCGGGUGAAAUGAAUGUUGUACUCGCACCCGCUUCGUCGCAUUCGUUCAAUAGCCCCAUGACAUCGGUAGCCACCCUGCCCGCGGGUUUGUCACUUCAGAACUUGUCGACUGCUCAGCCCAAUGCACUUACCAUAGGUUCGCCUGUACUGUUACACACAUCAGCCACGACUACAUCUACGUUACAAACGACGACUGUUGUAUCAGCUACUUCAGCAGCUCCAUCUGUUGUCUCUUCAUUGCAACGAGACAGUGGUGUUCCGGUUGAAAAAUGCAUCCCAAUAUCCCAAUCUGGUGGCGGUGAUGUGCGCAGCAACGUGACUGAUCCAACUACUUCAGCGAUUGACCGCAUACUACAGACUAUCAAGGGUUGCAUGAAUAACAGUACGGGCGGUGCUAGAAACGCAGAUACAAAACUCAAGAUACAACCGAAGAAAAAUGAAUCGAAUAAUACCAACAUUAAGUCCGAGAAUACCAGCGAUCCGGCCUCUAGUCUGUCUUCCGAAUCUCGAACUCUGUCCGUGAAGUUAACUCCUAUUACAUUUUGCAUCAAUAAAUCCACAGAAGGUACUGCUUCAGACUUAGAAUCUGCGAAACAACCCGAAGAUUCCUCAAAAAGGCAGUUGUUGAGCAAUGGACGGCUGUGCGCCGGUGCAUCAACAACGGAUGGCAUGAUAACCAAAGUCUAUCGUUGUCGAUACUGUGGAAAGACUUUCAACCGGAAAUUUUGCCGUGAACGACAUGAACGACUGCAUACUGGGGUUAAACCGUAUAACUGUGAAAUCUGCGAUGAAAAAUUCAUCCGGUUGGAGGACAAGAAGCGCCACGUUCGUUCGUUACAGCACUAUCUAACGGGAAGAGCCGCCUACAUGAAUUCCGAUAUACCUUUGCUUCCGAGGGACGAAAUCACUGACCAGAAUACUGACUGCUCUAAUUGUCUACCUAUGCUCGGGAGGACCCUGCAAACAGAAGCUCAAGAAAGCAUCGAUGAGGCUUUCAACGAACUGGAAGCCCAGACUGGCUUAGACACCAGUGAAAGUACAAGUAAUGAUCACGGAAGUGAGUGUGGGUCUUUUGAUGUUGAAGAGAGUCCAGAAAAGAACGACUACGGAUUGCCAGGGUCCUAUAACCAUACAGGUCUUGAAUAUGCUUCUGAGGUGCCCGAUAUGAAAAGUUCUCUUACUAAGGUCGAUGAGACGCUCCAUGAGGAAGGGCUUGACAACAGUCCGGGAGCUACUAUACUAUCAGGCGUUGUACUGCCUGUGACGAAACCUACAAACCGAUGUCGUGUGGUCUUAAGAGAAACUCAGUCGGAAAUUAACAGUGCCAAUAGUCCAUCACAAGAGAGCAGUACAAAAACCACAAAGACAGGUGUACCCAAUGGAGAAUCUUUGUGUUCUCCAAAAGUUGGAUCCUCGUAA